CAGAAGCUGUAUGAGCAAAUGAGCUUCUUCAAGACCAAUAUCGAGCAGCUGGACAACAUUGCUCGCAUGCAGAGAUUCAUGUCGUUCAUUCCUCUCCUCGACGACACGAACGUGACGACAUUGUCUCCCGUCGUCGUGCAACUCGGCAUGGCCUGCAUCCAGAUUGCCCUUGCUCGCAUGUGGUCUGCGUGGGGACUGAAGCCAGUCGCCGUGCUUGGUUGCAACCUUGGAGAAUAUGCCGCACUCCAUGUUGCUGGUGUCAUUUCUGCCCGCGACAUGACACUUCUAGUUGGCCAUCCCGCCGAGCUCUCGGAGGCAGAUUACACCGCCUACAGUCAUGGCAUACUGGCUGUUAGGGGAGGUGUCGAAGCCGUUUUUCCCGCUCUCGGA